AUGUCAGGAUCAAAAAAGAUGACGUUGCGUGUGCAGUCACCAGAAGGAACUGCACGCAUAGAAGUGUUUGACACAGAUGUAACGGCACGGCUGUAUGAGCGUGUGUACGAAGCUCUAAACCUCAAUACAUUUGGAUUUGCCUUGCACCGUGACCGGCAGCGCAAAGAAGAAAUAAUUUCCAACAAGUCACGACAACUUCGAGAAUAUGGCCUACAGCAUGGUGAUAUGCUGUAUCUCAGUCCAGUUAAUGGUGCCGUGUUGUAUGAUCAACCUUCAACCAGUGCUGAGUCAAAUACUAAACAAUUUGGAGAAAAAAUGGAAACGGGCCCAUCAGUGUCGGCAGCCACAACAUCAUUAUCAUCACCAAAGCCUGGCGUUCCUGAAGAAGAUGAGGUAGACUUAGAACUCUACAAGUUACCAGGAACUAUCCAGCGGCAACGAGAUGAAAAAUUGUGUCGCCACAACUCCAACGGCUGUUGUGUACACUGUUCACCUUUGGAGCCCUGGGAUGAGGGCUACCUCAAGGAACACAACAUUAAACAUAUGUCCUUCCAUUCCUAUCUACGCAAGAUUACAUCUGGAAAAUUUAUAUCAUUGGAUGAACUUUCAUGCAAAAUUAAGCCAGGGUGCAAGGAGCAUCCGCCGUGGCCUCGUGGAAUUUGCUCCAAGUGCCAGCCAAGUGCGGUGACGCUGAACCGGCAGCCCUACCGCCACGUGGACAACGUGCUGUUCCAGAACGCAGCGCUAGUGGAGCGUCUGCUGGCCUACUGGCGCGCCACUGGACACCAGCGCUUGGGCUUCCUUUAUGGAAAUUACGAACAACACCCCGACGUGCCUUUGGGUAUACGUGCCCGCGUGACGGCCAUCUACGAGCCGCCGCAGGAAAGCGGGCGCGACUUCAUUUCGCUGGGUGAGGACCCGCGCGCCGAGCUGCUCGCCGAGCUGACGAGGCGGCUGGGGCUGCGGCGCGUGGGCUGGCUGUUCACCGACCUGCUCCCGCGCGACCUGGCCGCCGGCACCGUGCAGCACGUGCGCGGCGUGGACACACACUUCCUGUCGGCGCAGGAGUGCGUGACGGCGGGCCACUACCAGAACCUGCACCCCAGCGCCUGCCGACACGCCUCCUCGGGAUACUUCGGCUCCAAGUUCGUCACCGUAUGCGUCACCGGCGACAGCAAUCACCGCGUGGCGCUGGAAGGCUACCAGGUGUCGGGGCAGUGCCAGGCGCUGGUGCGCGACGGCAUCCUGCUGCCCACGCGCGACGCGCCCGAGCUAGGCUACAUUCGCGACUGCAGCCCCAACCACUACGUGCCCGAUGUCUACUACAAGGUCAGUACUGCACAAGAGCGUUCUCUGCAUUGUCUUCCACUUUCGAGAAUAGAAUAA